GACUAGCCGUCAUGUUUUCCUCACGUGGUUGUUGUCAUGGAGAUGGGGGUAGGAUCUGAUGCACGCAGCUCGAGAAUCAAAAUCAAAUUAAGAUAUUUUUGCAGCAACAGCGGGACGAUUUACAGAAAUCCGAUUCUCGUUUAUAGGUUGACCACCGCAGUCUACUAUAAUGCAGGAUAUGGGCAACGGGAUGAUGCACUUCGCACCGCAUGUGACCAGAGACAGGGUCAUUUCCAAGUUUCCAAAGUGCUAUACUCCACAGGCAUGUCUACAGAUGAAGGAUGACUGGGAUAGUCAGGCCAAGGCUGCCUGUAAACACAGAACAGACAGGCAUCAGGGAUGGGACAGACUGAAGAUGUCCAAAGCUGUGGUUGUUGGUGACCUUAAUGUGGGCAAGACCUGCCUAAUAAAACGGUUUUGCAAAGAUGUAUUUGACAGAGACUACAAGGCCACCAUAGGAGUAGACUUUGAGAUUGAGAGAUUUGAGCUUUCGGGAGUUCCAUUUUCCCUUCAAAUCUGGGACACAGCUGGUCAGGAAAAAUUCAAAUGCAUUGCUUCAGCAUACUACAGAGGAGCUCAGGUGAUAAUCACAGUCUUUGACAUGGCAGACAUUAAGACUCUGGAGAACACGCGGCAGUGGUUAGAGGAGGCCAUGAGGGAGAAUGAACCUGGCUCCUUUUCGGUUUUCCUGGUCGGAACCAAGAGUGACCUACUUGCUCCAGAGGAGCACCAGCGAACUGAAAGAGACGCAGUCAAGAUGGCAAAUGAAAUGAAAGCUGAGUUUUGGUCUGUUUCAGCCAAGACAGGGGAGAACGUGGAGGAGUUCUUCUUCCGGAUGGCAGCUCUAGCUUUUGAAGACUAUGUACUGAAGGACAUGGAGAGAGGCAUCACCCCCUUCAGUAUAGGAGGAAGAGACAGCAUCAAAUCAGACCGAGCCAACCUGGAAGAUCCGCAGCCCAAACUAGUGAAAAUGAAUUGCUGCUAAGAGAUGAGGACGCCAAGUACAUGUCAAGAC